UUGAUGAAGUAAAAAAGUCGAACGUUGACGCAGAGUGGUUGAAGGUAGACGUGUUUGAAUCACAGUGGCCCACAGAAUAGAUACACACAUGAUUCAUGUCAUAGUUUGUUUCAAGUCUCGAUAUUAAUUUUGGCAAGGAGAUGACAUAACAAACUCAUUAUUAUCGAAGUCUGGCCAGCAAUAUUAUAAUAAUAUAGCAUUAUAUAGCCGAGAAUGGAGCCCAUGGAUUUUGACAGUGAGGAGCCUGUGUACAGACAUUCAUCUUAUCGCCAAGCUUCUCUCUCUCCUCCGUUGCCAUCUGUCAACAGAGAGAGUGAUGCCUCCGACAUGGAUGUCGACUCAAACUCACCCGUCCAAGAUUCUGCCCAUCGUCAGAUGUCGCCACGAUGGUCAGCAUCCCUUGAGCAUGUGAGCCGCGCUGUCAGUGCUGUCAUGUCGAUGAGCGUCGGAGGGAAGGAACCAACAGAUGACAACGGGGGAAGGAUGGCGUCAAAGGAAUGUGAAGUCUCUCAAGCUACCCAACGAUCUCACAGCUGGGAACCCGCAGCUACUGUUGUGAGAGGGGUUGUUGCGUUUCGGAAAAACAAGAAAACAGGUUAUGGUAUCCCCGAUGAUGACCCAACUUUCUCUCAUUUCCCAGGCUAUGUGAGGGAUGUACAAAAUGAAAGAUCAUUGCGACAAAGAUCUGGAAAUGUUCUAGCUACCCCAGAAGCUUCUGCUACUCCUCUGAAUACCAAGACUGCUGGACAAAUGAGUCAUCCGCGUGGUCCUCCGAGAAAGAAGCUAAGAGUUGGUUCUAAUGAAACGGAUGUAGGACAAAAAUCAUCAAAAUGUACCUGCAAGAGUGUCUCACUUUGGACAAUAUUUCUUUUUAUAAUAGUCUGUUUAAUUUUUUACAUUCAUGACUGGCAGGACAAAAGAUGUAAGGCAAGCAAGCUGUUUGACAAGAGAUCUCUUGAAAUUGAUCUGGAAUCUUAUGUCUUUGGGCAAGAAGUUGCCUCUCGCAUGGUAACAACAGAACUCGAAACAUACUUUCAUCAGCUCAACACACCGUCUACUUCAGAGGAAUACUCGGUUUCUUCCAAAAGAGCUUCAUAUGGGAAGAAUAAUGUAGACUUGUGUAAACCUUUGGUGAUGUCAUUCCAUGGUGGCACUGGUGUAGGGAAGAAUUUUAUGAGCCGAAUUAUGUCGGAGAACUUAAAGCGUUCGAAAGUUAUGCAGUUCGUGAUACCUCAUUUAUUUCCCCACAAAGUUUACAAUGAAAUUUAUUCUAAACAGAUACAGCAGUGGAUCAUGGGAAAUGUCACAGAAUGUAAGGUCAGCAUAUUUGUCAUUGAUGAGAUGGACAAAGCACCCCCUGGUGUUGUUUCUGGCAUCGGUCAGGCUGUCCACUCUCUGUCAAAGCCGUGUCACCUCGCCGCACCCGUCAUUGUACUUCUACUGUCCAAUGCUAACGCUGUAGAAAUUAACCGCAGGUUUCUUAGUCUUCGUCAUGCCCAUCCAUCUUCGUUAAUCAGAGAAAAAAUUUCUGAUUCAAAGUUCAUGGAUAUUUUCAAAUCCGAGAGUGAAUGGUAUUUUACUCUAGCAUCCAGUACUAUAGAUGUUUUUGUUCCUUUUCUUCCUCUGGAAAAGUCUCAUGUUAUUCAGUGCAUCCGUAGGGAUCUCGUGGCAAAAGGUUUCUCCAGCAAUUCCGAUGCAGUUGAGAAAAUCUUGAGAGAGCUCAGUUACUCAACGUUUGGAGACCUUCAUCUCUCCACCACAGGCUGUAAGAGAGUCCAGGACAAAGUGGACUAUGUUAUGAUGCAGGUCAACUCAAAGUGACCAAUGUGCAAUUGAGCUCCAAAAGUUUUGUGCUGUGAUUUAGGACUGACAGUUUUCUUGAUUGAUAGCGAAUAUUUAUCUUUUUUUUCUUCUGUGUUAUGAAAGUAUUUUUUCUGUGAAUCAGGACAUCUCUAUGAGUGUGAGUCAUGAAUUGCUCAAACUCAAAUGUGACCCAGACUUUGUCUUUCUGGUAUGAUAUGCCAACAAUUUUAACACGUCUUUGCCAUGUGUAUGAAUCUGUAAACUGUUAUCAUAUACAA